GGCGCGAGCCGAGCUGGGAGAUGGCGGCGGCGGCUCCGAGAGUGUGAGCACCCGCCCGGGAGCCGCCCGCCUGGGCGUAGUGCGACCCCGACCUCGCCCGCCCGCCCGCCCGCCUACCUACCUGCCAUGGGCAACGAGGCCAGUCUAGAGGGCGGCGUUGGCGACGGGCCGCUGCCUCCGGGAGGCCCUGGCCCCGGCCCUGGCCCGGGCCCCGGUGCAGGGAAGCCGCCUUCAGCACCAGUCGGCGGUGGACAGCUCCCCGUGGCGGGCGCGGCGCGGGUGACCCCGGGACCACCGGUCUCUGGCCCUGGUCCUGGUCUCGGUCCCGGUCCCGGUCCGGGCUCGGGCAGCAUUUCCCGGAGACUGGACUCCAAGGAGCCUGUGGAUAGCCAGAGAGCAGCUUCCCCAACCCCAAAGCAGGCUUCUACUGCUGCUCCUGGCCGUGAGAGCCCACGGGAGACAAGGGCACAGGGCCCAGCAGGCCAGGAGGCUGAUGGCCCACGCAGGACGCUGCAGGUAGACAGCAGGACACAGAGAACAGGGCGGUCCCCCUCAGUGUCGCCGGACAGGGGCAGCACCCCCACAUCACCCUACUCUGUGCCCCAGAUUGCCCCUCUUCCCAGCAGCACUCUGUGUCCCAUAUGCAAGACCUCGGACCUCACAUCGACCCCCAGCCAGCCAAACUUCAACACCUGCACCCAGUGUCACAGCAAGGUCUGCAACCAGUGUGGGUUCAACCCCAACCCUCACCUCACCCAGGUGAAGGAAUGGCUCUGUCUGAACUGUCAAAUGCAGAGGGCUCUGGGAAUGGACAUGACCACUGCGCCUCGCUCCAAAAGCCAGCAGCAGCUGCACUCCCCAGCCUUGUCUCCUGCCCACUCCCCAGCCAAACAGCCCCUGGGGAAGCCAGAACAAGAGAGAUCUCGAGGCCCAGGGGGACCACAGCCUGUACCCCGCCAGGCUGAGACAGCCAGGGCCACCUCAGUGCCGGGGCCUGCCCCAGCAGCUGCCCCUCCAGAGAUGGGGAGAGCAUCUCCUCAGCCCUCCCUCCCCACCAAGCCUUCCACAGCUGAGCCCAGGCCACCUCCAGGAGAGGCCCCAGCAAAAAGUGCCACCGCAGCACCCUCUGGGGCUGGUGCUGCCGAGCCGACUCAAGAGGGCCUCACUGGGAAGCUCUUUGGCCUUGGUGCUUCACUGCUAACUCAGGCAAGCACCCUCAUGUCUGUGCAGCCUGAGGCUGAGCCCCAGGGCCAGCCUGCCCCCAGUAAGGGUCCACCCAAGAUCGUCUUCAGCGAUGCCAGCAAGGAGGCUGGUCCAAGACCUCCAGGCUCAGGACCUGGGCCUGGACCAGCACCUGCAGCCAAAACUGAGCCUGGGGCUAGGACAGGCCCUGGGUCAGGGCCUGGAGCCUUGGCAAAAACUGAAGGAACAACUAGUCCAAAACAUGGCAGAGCAGAACACCAGGCAGCAUCCAAGGCUACUGCCAAGCCAAAGACCACGCUGAAGGAAAGGGCUAUCUGCCCACUGUGCCAAGCGGAGCUCAACAUGGGCAGCAAGGGCCCAGCCAACUAUAACACCUGCACCACCUGCAAGCUCCAGGUGUGCAACCUGUGUGGCUUCAACCCAACACCCCACCUGGUGGAGAAAACAGAGUGGCUCUGUCUGAACUGCCAAACUAAGCGGCUGCUCGAGGGCAGCCUGGGAGAGCCGACGCCCAUGCCGCUGUCCACCUCAUCACAGCCCCCUGUGGGAGCCCCUCACCGUGCUCCUGGAGCAUCCCCUCUGAAGCAGAAGGGGCCACAGGGGCCCACCCAACCAUCUGGCCCACUGCCUGCCAAGGCCAGCCCCCAGCCCACCAAGGCCAGCCCCCAGGCCAAGCCCCCCAGAGCUUCUGAACCCAGCAAGACCCCAAGCAGUGCCCAGGAAAAGAAGCCAGGAGCCCCAGCAAAAGCUACGACUGUGCCGAAGCCGCCACCAGAAGCAACCCCGCCCACCGGGACGCCUAAAGUCAAGAGUGGGGUGAGGAGGAAUGAACCUGCCACCCCCGUCGCCAAGGCAGUUCCAGAAGCCCCCAAGGGUGGGGAAGCAGAGGAACCGGUGGGCAAGCCUUACUCUCAGGACCUGUCGCGGAGCCCACAGAGCCUCAGUGACACAGGCUAUUCUUCUGACGGCAUCUCCAGCUCCCAAAGCGAGAUCACAGGUGUCGUGCAGCAGGAGGUGGAGCAGCUGGACAGUGCAGGGGUGACAGGGCCACGCCCGCCCAGUCCUGUGGAGCUCCACAAGGUGGGGAGCAGUGUACGUCCCCAGCUGGAGGCCCAGGGCCUGGCCCCCAGUGGCAGCGAGCGGAGCAAACUCCUCAGCAGCAGCGUCAGUGAGGAGCAGAAGCGGCGGCCCCAUUCCCUGUCCAUCAUGCCCGAGGCCUUCGACUCUGAUGAGGAGCUGGAGGACAUCCUGGAGGAGGAGGACUCCCUGCAGUGGCAACGCCAGAGGGAGCAACAGGACACAGCUGAGUCGUCUGACGACUUUGGCAGCCAGCUGAGGCAUGACUACGUGGAGGACAGCAGUGAGGGCGGCCUGUCCCCGGUCCCACCCCAGCCCCCAGCCCGAGCAGCAGAACUGACUGACGAAGAGUUCAUGCGACGGCAGAUCCUGGAGAUGAGCGCCGAGGAAGACAACCUGGAGGACGAUGACACUGCCACUCCUGGGCACAGCCUGGCCAAGCACGGCGCCCAGAAGGGCAGCUCCAGGACCAGGCCUGAACCUGGCCAAGAAGUAGCAGCACUGCCUAAGAGGCGCCUGCCCCAUAAUGCCACGACGGGCUAUGAGGAGCUGCUGUCAGAGGGAGGCCCGCCAGAGGACACCGAAAGCAGCGGGGCAUUGCAGGGUGGGCUCCGACGCUUCAAGACCAUUGAACUCAACAGCACGGGCAGCUAUGGCCACGAGCUGGACCUGGGCCAAGGCCCUGACCCCAGCCUUGACCGAGAGCCUGAGCUGGAGAUGGAAAGCCUGACAGGCUCACCGGAGGACCGCUCCCGUGGGGAACACUCCUCCACCCUGCCCGCCUCCACACCCAGCUACACAUCCGGCACUUCUCCCACUUCCCUGUCCUCACUUGAGGAGGACAGCGACAGCAGCCCCAGCCGCCGGCAGAGGCUAGAAGAAGCAAAACAACAGCGCAAGGCCCGGCACCGCUCUCACGGGCCCCUGCUGCCCACUAUCGAGGACUCCUCAGAGGAAGAGGAGCUGCGGGAGGAAGAGGAACUGCUGCGAGAGCAGGAGAAGAUGAGGGAGGUGGAGCAACAGCGCAUCCGCAGUACAGCCCGCAAGACCCGGCGUGACAAGGAGGAGCUGCGGGCCCAGCGGCGGCGUGAGCGCUCCAAGACGCCACCCAGCAACCUGUCCCCAAUUGAGGAUGCUUCACCCACCGAAGAGCUGAGGCAAGCAGCUGAGAUGGAGGAGCUGCACCGCUCCUCAUGCUCCGAGUAUUCACCCUCACCCUCCCUGGAUUCGGAAGCCGAGGCGCUGGACGGCGCCCCCUCCCGCCUGUACAAGUCCGGUAGUGAGUAUAACCUGCCCACCUUCAUGUCCCUCUACUCACCAACUGAGACCCCCGUGGGCAGUGCCACCACUCCCAGCACCGGACGGCCCCUCAAGAGUGCCGAGGAGGCCUACGAGGAGAUGAUGAGAAAAGCUGAGCUGUUGCAGCGGCAGCAGGGCCAGGGCAUGGCAGCCAAGGGGCCUCACGGAGGCCCCUCUCAGACCCCGGGCCCUCGGGGCCAGGGCUCCUUUGAGUAUCAGGACACCCCAGACCGGGAUUAUGGCAGGGCCACUCAGCCUGCCCCUGAGGGUUCACCAGCUGGCCUGGGCAAGGCUGUGUAUGAGGAGAUCCUCCAGACGUCCCAGAGCAUUGCGCGCAUGCGACAGGCUUCCUCCAGGGACCUAGCCUUCGCUGAGGACAAGAGGAAGGAGAAGCAGUUCUUGAAUGCUGAGAGCGCGUACAUAGACCCCAUGAAGCAGAAUGGUGGCCCACUGACGCCCGGCACCAGUCCCACCCAGCUCGCUGCCCCUGUGUCCUUCUCUGCCUCCACUACCUCGGACAGUGGUGGAGGCCGAGUGAUCCCUGAUGUACGUGUCACUCAGCAUUUCGCGAAGGAGCCUCAAGACACCCUCAGGCUACACAGCUCCUCUGCCUCCCCCAGUUCGGCCCCCAAGGAGGUAGGCAUGUCUGUCUCCCAGGGCCCUGGGGCCCCAGCCACAACUGCAGCCCCUCCCUGCCCAGCUGGCCUGCCACGGGGAUAUAUGACUCCGGCUUCUCCUGCUGGCUCUGAGCGUAGCCCUUCACCAUCCUCUGCGGGCCAUGCCUAUGGCACAAGCCCCAGCACUGCAAACUAUGGGUCCCAAACUGAAGAACUGCCCCCAGCCCCUAGUGGCCCUGCUGCAAGUGGACGUGCUGCCAGAGAGAAGCCCCUAAGCGGGACUGAAAGUGAAGGGGGCGCUCCACAGCCUUCCCGGGGUUAUUCCUACUUUGCAGGGUCCAGCCCACCCAUCUCCCCAUCUUCCCCCUCAGAGAGUCCCACAUUCUCCCCUGGCAGGCUGGGCCACAGGGCCACAGCAGAGUUCUCUACACAGACGCCAAGCCCAGCACCAGCCUUGGACAUGCCACGGAGCCCCAGUGCUCCCACUCCAACCCCUAUGGUAGCCCAGGGCACUCAGACACCACAUAGGUCCAGCACGCCUCGUCUGGUGUGGCAGCAGUCCUCUCAGGAGGCACCCAUUAUGGUCAUCACGCUGGCAUCAGACGCCUCCAGCCAGACCAGGAUGGUACAUGCCAGUGCCUCCACCUCCCCGCCGAGCUCACCUACAGACACCCAGUCCACCGCCCACAGUUACAGCCAGACUACACCUCCCAAUGGGUCUCAGAUGCCUCCAGAGCCACCUGGGCCCCCUGGCUUCCCACGGGGGCCCAGUGCUGGUACAGAUGGGCCCCUGGCCUUGUAUGGCUGGGGCGCCCUUCCUGCCGAGAACAUCUCCCUGUGCCGGAUCUCCUCUGUCCCUGGGACCUCUAGGGUGGAGCCAGGCCCCAGGCCCCCUGGUAGUGCAGUGGUAGACCUCCGCACGGCUGUCAAGCCCACGCCCAUCAUCCUCACUGACCAGGGCAUGGACCUGACCUCUCUGGCUGCAGAAGCAAGGAAGUAUGGCCUCGCUCUGGAUCCAGUUCCAGGACGGCAGUCGACUGCUGUGCAGCCUUUGGUCAUCAACCUCAACGCCCAGGAGCAGACCCAUGCCUUCCUUGGCACUGCCACCACCGUGAGCAUCACCAUGUCCUCCUCUGUGCUCAUGGCUCAGCAGAAACAGCCUGUGGUCUAUGGAGACCCCUUCCAGAGCCGGCUCGAUUUUGGCCAGGGGGCAGGUAGCCCUGUGUGCCUGGCCCAGGUCAAGCAGGUAGAGCAAGCUGUCCAGACAGCCCCAUACCGAGGGGGUGCCCGGGGAAGACCCAGGGAAGCCAAGUUUGCUAGGUAUAACCUCCCCAACCAGGUAGCACCUCUGGCCAGAAGAGACGUUUUGAUCACUCAGAUGGGCACCACCCAGAGCGUUGGCCUCAAGGCAGGCCCAGUGCCAGAGCCUGGAGCUGAGCCCCACCGGGUCACUCCAGCAGAGCUGCGAUCCCAUGCCCUGCCAGGGGCCAGGAAGCCACACACGGUGGUGGUGCAGAUGGGAGAGGGCCCGGCAGGCACCGUGACCACACUGCUCCCAGAGGAGCCAGCUGGGGCUCUGGACCUGACUGGGAUGAGGCCUGAGAGCCAGCUGGCCUGCUGUGACAUGGUCUACAAGUUCCCCUUCAGCAGCAGCUGUACUGGCGCCUUCCACCCCACCCCCAGUGCACCUGAAAAGAGCGGGUCAGAGACUGUGCCUCCUGGCCAAGGCAGUGGCCCCUUCUAUGGUCCCCGGGACUCAGAGCUUCCUGAGCCCCCUAUCUACCGGGCACAGGGGAUCAUGGGGCCUGGGCCCCACGAGGACCAGAGGCCCUACCCACAAGGCCUCCCCGGCCGGCUGUACUCCUCCAUGUCUGACACCAAUUUAGCUGAGGCUGGGCUUGGCUACCAUGCCCACAGGAUUGGGCAGCUCCUGCAGGGCUCUGGACGUGACUCGGCCCUAGACCUCAGCUCCCUGAAACACUCCUACAGCCUGGGCUUUGCAGAUGGGCGCUACGUGGGGCAGGGCCUACAAUAUGGCUCCUUCACAGAUCUCCGUCAUCCCACAGAUCUGACUCACCCACUCCCCAUGCGGCGCUAUAGCUCAGUGUCCAACAUCUACUCAGACCACAGGUAUGGUGCCCGGGGAGACGCAGUCGGUUUCCAGGAGGCCAGUCUGGCCCAGUACAGUGCCACCACAGCCCGUGAGAUCAGCCGUAUGUGUGCUGCCCUCAACUCCAUGGACCAGUAUGGUGGGCGACAUGGCGGGGUUGGCAGUAGCCCUGACCUUGCACAGUACCACCAGCCCCAGCAUGGGCCUGGGCUCAGUGCUCCACAGGGCCUGGCUCCCCUUAGACCUGGCUUCCUCGGUAACCCCACCUUCCCAGACAGCCAUCCAAGCCCCGGGAACCUGACACAGUUUGGACCUGCAGCAGGCCAGGGACCAGCUGUCAGACAGCUGCUGCCAUCCACAGCCACUGUGCGGGCCGCUGACGGCAUGAUCUAUUCCACGAUCAACACCCCGAUUGCUGCAACACUGCCCAUCACCACCCAGCCUGCCUCUGUACUGCGGCCCAUGGUGCGUGGUGGCGUGUACAGGCCUUACACAUCUGGUGGAGUCACAGCCGUGCCUCUCACCAGUCUGACACGUAUGUCCAUGAUUGCUCCCCGGGUCCCUCUUGGGCCAACGGGGCUGUUGCGAUACCCCGCGCCAGGGAGGUUCCCCAUUGCUUCCAGUGUCACACCUGCUGAGGGGCCUGUCUACCUAGGGAAACCUGCUGCUGCCAAGGCCCCGGGCACUGGAGGCCCACCCAGGCCAGAGCCACCAGCAGGGACUGCACGGGAAGAGCCUGUUCCCACCACCACCCCAGCUGCUAUUAAGGAGGCUGCCCCAGCCCCAGCUCCAGCCCCACUAGCUGGUCAGAAGCCGCCAGGAGAUGCUGCUGCUCCUGGGGCUGGCAGUACAACACUCAGCCGGCCAGGACCUGAGAAGGAAGAACUAUCCCAAGAGGAGAGGCAGAGGAAGCAGCAGGAGCAGCUGCUACAGCUGGAGCGGGAGCGAGUUGAGUUGGAGAAGCUGCGGCAGCUGCGGCUGCAAGAGGAGCUGGAGAGGGAGCGUGUGGAGCUCCAGAGGCACCGGGAGGAGGAGCAGCUGCUGGUGCAGCGGGAACUGCAGGAGCUGCAGACCAUCAAGCAACACGUGCUGCAGCAGCAGCAGGAGGAACGCCAGGCCCAGUUUGCACUGCAGCGGGAGCAGCUAGCCCAGCAGCGCCUGCAGCUGGAGCAGAUCCAGCAGCUGCAGCAGCAGCUGCAGCAGCAGCUAGAAGAACAAAAGCAGCGGCAGAAGGCCCCCUUCCCUGCAGCCUGUGAGGCACCUAGCCGAGGGCCUCCCCCAACUGCUCCUGAGCUGGCCCAGAAUGGCCAGUAUUGGCCACCCCUGAGCCACACGGCCUUCAUUGCCGUGGCAGGGCCUGAGGUUCCUGGGCAGCCUCGUGAGCCUGUGCUUCACCGGGGUCUACCCAGCUCUGCCUCAGACAUGUCGCUGCAGACCGAGGAACAGUGGGAGGCAGGCCGGGGGGGCAUCAAGAAGCGGCACUCCAUGCCACGCCUGCGGGAUGCCUGUGAGUCCGAGCCAGGUCCGGAGCCUGGCACUGUUAGGAGGAUCACAGACAGCAGCGUGCAGACGGACGAUGAGGAUGGGGAAGGCCGCUACCUGCUGACCCGGCGGCGCCGGACGCGGCGCAGUGCUGACUGCAGCGUGCAGACAGAUGACGAGGAUAACGCCGAGUGGGAGCAGCCGGUGCGCCGCCGCAGGGCCCGGGCUUCACGCCAUUCUGACUCCACUUCUGAUAGCAAACAUGACACCACCGCCUCAACAUCCACUGCUUCCACUGCCACUGCUGCUGCCAGGGCCACAAGCAGUGUGGGCAUCCAGACCAUCAGUGACUGCUCUGUGCAAACGGAGCCUGACCAGCUGCCCAGGGUCUCUCCAGCCAUCCACAUUACGGCUGCCACUGACCCCAAGGUGGAGAUCAUCAAGUAUAUAUCGGCACCAGAGAAGACGGGGCGUGGGGAGAGCCUGGCUUGCCAGACGGAGCCCGAUGCCCAGGUCCAGAGUGUAACUGGGACCCAGCUGGUCGGGCCAACUGCCAUCAGCCCCUACCUGCCUGGCAUCCAGAUAGUCACCCCUGGGUCCCUGGGCAGAUUUGAAAAAAAGAAGCCAGAUCCCCUGGAGAUUGGGUACCAGGCCCACCUACCCCCGGAGUCCCUCUCACAGCUCAUGGGCCGCCAGCCUCCAAAGUCCCCUCAGGUCCUCUACUCACCAGUGUCACCCCUGUCCCCACACCGCCUGCUGGACACCUCCUUUGCUUCCAGCGAGAGACUGAACAAGGCUCACGUGAGUCCGCAGAAGCACUUCGCGGCUGAAAGCACUCUCCGUCAGCAGACACUGCCUCGCCCCAUGAAGACCCUGCAGCGGUCCUUGUCUGACCCUAAGCCCCUCAGCCCCACCGCCGAGGAGUCUGCCAAAGAGAGAUUCUCCCUCUACCAGCACCAGGGGGGGCUGGGUAGCCAGGUGUCGGCGCUGCCACCCAACGGCCUGGUCCGCAAGGUGAAGCGGACACUGCCCAGCCCCCCUCCAGAGGAGGCCCACCUUCCCCUGGCUGGCCAGGCCCCCCAACAGCUGUACGCAGCCAGCCUGUUGCAGCGAGGGCUGGCGGGGCCCACCGCUGUCCCUGCUACCAAGGCCAGUCUGCUCCGGGAGCUGGACCGGGACCUGCGGCUGGUGGAGCAUGAGUCCACCAAGCUGCGCAAGAAGCAGGCGGAACUGGAUGAGGAGGAGAAGGAGAUUGACGCCAAGCUCAAGUACCUGGAGCUGGGUAUCACGCAGCGCAAAGAGUCUUUGGCCAAAGACCGGGGUGGCCGCGACUACCCACCCUUGCGUGGUCUUGGCGAGCAUCGUGACUACCUGUCAGACAGUGAGCUCAACCAGCUGCGGCUCCAGGGCUGCGCCACUCCAGCUGCACCGUAUGUGGACUUCCCUACUGCUGCCGCUGCUCCAACCCCUACCACUGCCUCAGGCCCCACUGCUUUCCAGCAGCCCCAGUUCCCACCACCGACUACACAGUACACUUCAGUCAGCAGUGGGCUGACCCAGAACGGAUUCCCAGCCCACCAGGCACCCAGCUACCCCGGCCCCAACACAUAUCCAACAUCUGCCUUUCCUCCUGGCACCAAUUAUCCACCUGAACCUGGCCUAUCGAUCCAGCAGGCUUUCCGUCCCACAGGCCACCAUACAGCCCAAACAACAAUGCCAACCACACAGAGUACCCACUUUCCAAUUUCGGCUGAGAGCCGUGUCCCCCACCAGAAGCCACGCCAGACAUCGCUGGCUGACUUGGAGCAGAAGUUGCCCACCAACUAUGAGGUGAUCGCCAGCCCCGUGGUGGCCAUGUCUUCAGCCCCCAGUGAAACUAGCUACACUGGCCCAGCUGUGAGCAGCAGCUACGAACAGGGCAAGGGUCCCGAGCUGCCCCGGGCCAGUGACCGCAGCAGUGUGAGCCAGAGCCCAGUCCCUGCCUACCCUUCUGAUUCACAUUACACUAGUUUGGAGCAAAAUGUUCCUCGGAACUAUGUGAUGAUAGAUGACAUUAGUGAGCUAACCAAGGACAGCACCCCCACUGCCCCAGAGAGCCAGCGGCUGGAUCCCAUGGGACCAGGCAGCAGUGGGCGGCCAGGGAAGGAGCCUGGAGAGCCUGGUGCCCUUGAGGGGCCCACUCUGCCCUGCUGCUAUGGCAGAGGGGAGGAAGAAUCCGAGGAAGACUCCUAUGACCCCCGUGGGAAGGCUGGCCACCACCGCGGUGUGGAGAGCAACGGCCGACCAGCCAGCACCCACUACUACAGUGACAGUGACUACAGACACGGGACUCGGGCAGAGAAGUAUGGUCCAGGAUCCUUGGGACCCAAGCAUCCUGCUAAGAGCCUGGCCCCUGCUGCCGUCUCCUCUAAGCGCAGCAAGCACCGUAAGCAAGGCAUGGAGCAAAAGAUCUCCAAGUUUUCACCAAUUGAAGAGGCCAGGGACGUGGAGUCAGACCUGGCCUCCUAUCCCCCCUCUGCAGUCAGCAGCAGCCUAGCCUCCCGGGGCAGGAAGUUCCAAGACGAAAUCACCUAUGGGCUCAAGAAGAACGUGUACGAACAGCAGAGGUACUAUGGGGUGUCCAGCCGAGAUGCAGCCGAGGAGGAUGACCGUGUAUAUGCUGGGAGCAGCCGGUCCCGGGUGGCAUCUGCUUACAGUGGGGAGAGGCUGUCCAGCCAUGACUUCAGUAGCCGAAGCAAGGGAUACGAACGGGAGCGGGAGACUGCAGAGCGACUUCAAAAAGCAGGCCCCAAGCCCUCGUCCCUAAGCAUGGCUCACAGCCGGGGACGACCCCCUAUGCGGAGCCAGGUUUCUGAAGAGGAGAGUCCCGUUAGCCCCAUGGGGCGACCUCGUCCUGCUGGGGGACCCCUACCUCCUGGGGAUAGCUGCCCACAGUUCUGCUCCAGCCACUCCAUGCCUGACGUCCAGGAGCACAUCAAGGACGGGCCUCGGGCCCACACAUAUAAGCGUGAGGAGGGCUACAUCCUGGAUGACUCGCACUGCGUGGUGUCCGACAGCGAAGCGUAUCACCUGGGCCAGGAGGAGACAGACUGGUUUGAUAAGCCCCGGGAUGCCCGCUCCGACCGGUUCAGGCACCAUGGGGGCCACGCAGUCUCCUCCUCCCAGAAGCGAGGCCCUGCCAGGCACAGCUACCAUGACUAUGACGAGCCCCCUGAGGAGGGCCUGUGGCCUCCUGAUGAGGGCGGCCCAGGCCGCCACGCCUCAGCCAAGGAACACCGGCACCACAGUGAGCACGGGCGGCACUCAGGCCGCCAUGCUGGCGAGGAGCCGGGACGGCGUGCUGCCAAAUCACACGGUCGGGACAUGGGUCGCCACGAGGCCCGGCCUCACCCUCAGCCCAGCACUGCCCCAGCCAUGCCGAAGAAGGGGCAACCUGCAUACCCCAGCUCUGCAGAGUAUUCCCAGCCACCACGCACCCCAUCAGCAUACCAUCAUGCCCCUGACAGCAAGAAGGGCUCCCGGCAGGCCCACUCUGGGCCCUCUGCCCUGCAGCCAAAGCCAGAACCCCAGGCGCAGCCACAAGCAGCUCCCAGUCGACAGACAACUCCAGGACCACAGCAGUCACAGCCACUACCAUCCAGACAGCUGCCUUCGGGGGCGGCAGCACGCCAACCACAGGUGCAGCAGGCGCCUCAGCCGCAGCAGCCACUGCAGCAGCAGCAGCAAACUCCCCAGCAGGCACCAUCACAGGCUCGACAGCAGCAGCAGAGCCAGCCAUCUGCCAGGGGCCCAGGCCCUGCUGCCAGCCAGCCAGCAGGGAAGCCUCAACCAGGCCCCACAAUAGCUGCAGGACCCCAGCCAGCAGGACUGCCACGGGCAGACCAAGCAAAUGGCUCUAAAGCAACAGCCAAGGCUCCGCCACAGGGAAGGGCUCCUCAGGCCCAGGCAACGCCAGGACCUGCACCCACAGGUGUGAAGUCAGGAGCCAGACCUGGAGGCACCACCACAACUCCUGCGGGCCAGCCAGGUGCAGACGGGGAGAGUGUGUUCUCCAAGAUCCUCCCAGGUGGGGCAGCAGAGCAAGCUGGCAAGCUGACUGAAGCUGUCUCUGCUUUUGGCAAAAAAUUCUCCUCGUUUUGGUGACCAUGCCCAGCAGGGCUCUUGAAGGGAUGAAGAGAGUUGGUAACAUUGCUGUGGAAAAAUCUCUGGAGUCAGAGAUCUGGGCACAGCUCUGGACUCUGCGUAUAACACAUCUGCAAUCUGGCGUGCCCUGGGUCCCAAGAUUCAUACCAGGUGGGAUGCAGCAGACAGGCCACAGUGAGGAUGGGAAGUUUUCUAACAGCAGCUGUCUGCGUGAAGCAUCUGCUGGACCAGUGGGACCACUGGCUCUGGGGGACCCUUUGGUUGUCUUUCCAGAGACCCUGUUCUCCUCAGGGCACUGCCAUGAGGCACCGCCAUCGGCCGCUGGGUGGGAGGAUCCCCUCUGCAAAAAUCCCAUCCCGCGGCCAUCCUGCCCUAGUCCCACAGCCAACUUUUUGUGGCCUGGCCGGCCAGGCUUUCAAUGAGUUAUACACAGAGUUUGGACACACACUGCCCUCCCUCCGAGAUGCCAGAAGUUUUUCCACAGCCUUGGAGAGGGGCUUUGCCUGAGGGCUGGGGGCCCUGGGCUCCGUUUCCUUCACAUUCCAGCUGGCCCAGAUUCCUCCGUGGCCCCAAGGCCCUGCCCCCUCACCCUGCCCUCUGGGUGACGCCGGAGCAGAUCUCCAUGUGGCCAGCAUAGGGUUGGGAGCACUUUACAAACACUAGGACCUAACACUGUCUCAUCGCUGAAAACAAGCGGCCAUAGCACCGAAAAGCAGCGUGGGCGCCGGCUGAGGCUUCUCCCAGCCCCUGGGUGGCAGCGUGCUAGCACGCCAGCCAUCACCUUAAAGCCAUCCCCCCAGCCAUUGUGAGCACCCCAGUGGCACCGCCAUUGUUUCGACCAGCCGGCUCCUCCUUGUCCAUACACCUGGAGAUUUCUUUUGAUUUUGAGAACAGCCUUAAUCAUUCCAGUUUGAUUUACGUGUAUACCUCAUAAACAUUUUUUCUUUGGCUUUUCUCUCCCUUUCUUCUCUUUGCUCACCCCCUUGCCUCUUCCUCCACCACCACCACCUUGUGACUGAUGGUUUGGUUUCCUCUCUGCUCUGCCCCUGCUUAGCACAGGGAGAAUGUUGACUUAGAAGCAAUAGGGGGCAGCAGGCCACCAAGAGCACAACCCCAGGGCGAGGUCUAGGGAGGCCCCUCAGCCCGCCUCUGUUUACUGUGCAAUCCCAGUCCUUCUUAAGCCAUCACCAGUGAGUGUGCUCAGAGCAGAGGGGCCAGGGCUGCACCAGCCCUGGGAAAGGCCCAGAGCCCCCAAGGGGGGUUGUGUGUAUGUCACACAGGCUUACCACAGGGUGGGCUGGGCGGCAUUUCUCCCCAAGACCCUUCCCUUGGUGGGCGGUGAUGGGGCUCCCUUCAUCUUGGGCACAGCCACAAGUCUCAUCUCUAAUGUUCUAUGCAAUGAAAUAUAAACCCUCAAAGACAACUGUUAAUAUUUAAUAAAUUCCAUGUUAUGUAUAAGGAGUUAAUUGCAACCAUGCAAUUGAGAAACUGGAUAGAUAACAUUCAUAUCACCCCCCACCCCGACCCCACCCUGCUCCCACUCUGUGUGUAUGUGUGUUUGUGUGUAUGUGUGUGUGUGUGUGUGUGUGUGUGUGUGCGCGCGCGCGCAACUCUCAGUCUGUGGCAUGCUUGACCUGUGGCAGGACUCGCUGCUGCCAGGUGAGUCACCGCCUGUCCUGCAGUGGAGCAUGCACAGCUCGCAGCCUCUUUGCACGAUUUCAUCCAUUGGAAAUGCUCGACCCUUUUGCUUGAAGUUCUUUUUUGCCUCUGAACCUCUCCUUCAGGAGCACUUGUAGAUGAUUUCUACCCACACUAGUGAGGACCUGUCAGAAUCGCUGCCUGAGCAAGCUAGGCAGGAUGAGGCCCCCACAUACCUUACAGGUCUCUCAACCCAGAGGACAGGUAGAAGGGAAUUGCUGGAGCUGACCCAGUGAGAGGAACCUAUACAGGAUGCAUGCAUGCGGACGUUCUGAAGGUUGGCUCCAGGGUUUUCAGCUAUGUCACAUCCCCCUCCUACCUGACCCCAAACUAGAGGCAUCUGGCCACCCCUUUCUAGCAGGGUACUUGCAUUCAGGGUUAGAGAGGCAGAGGUCAAAGACAGAACUUGGCUGUGCCCCUGGGAACCCCCAGCUCCUGGCUGCACCUGCUCCUUGCCUGAGAGCUUUGUGAACCCAGGAGAAACAGGCAAGGGAAACCAGGAGGUCAAGGAGUGCACAGGCAGAGAAAAUGACCUGUCUAUAGCUGCAUUGGCUUCAAGUGAACUUUUGUGGGAAGCCUCUCAAGAACCAGACAUAUCAAGGGUCCUGUGUGGUCCUCUCUGCAUCCCUCCCAGCAGUUGCUCCCCUUCCCUUUGUAUCCCCACCUCUGAAGCCACCAACCCUGAGUGUGGCUGGCAGGGGCUGCCUGAAGCCUCAAGGCCCCAGCCUUCCCCACUAGAGCACUGAUUGAUACCACACAUUGCUCACAAUUUUCUGUGAAAUCUGCCUACCCCUGCAGAGACAGAUCCUGGCCCACCUCUGGUGCCUGUGGAGGGAACAGAAAGCUGCCAGCCUCCAUGGGGAACAUAAGAUGCCUGCCUCCUGAGCUCUGGGACACCUGCCUCAUCCCCCAAGAUGAGGCCUGGGCUGAGGGUGGUGAGGGGCCAGGUCUGUGCAGGGAUGUGCCUAUCUACUUAUGCUAGAUACUUGGAGACCAAUGCAGCAAUCCCUUCUGCUGGGGGCCAAGAAUGGGCUAGUAGUAGGUUCCAGGCCAGGAGCUAACAGUUGGUCAGCCUCCAGCAGGCCUAGUCUCAGGCUGUGAAGUGUUGUAUUUUCAGCGAACUUCCUUUCUGGCUGAGGUCUCCAAACUUGAAAUUUCUGACAUCUGCCAUUCCUCAUGCCCUGCUGUAUCCACAAGACCAGUCACUGCCUCUUUCUGUGAAGGUGGCUGAUGCAGGUGUCUCAGACCUUGGGACCUCCCAUGUGGUGCCUUGGGAAGUAGAGAACAGGCCUCUUUCCAAAUGUGCAAGGGGUCUCUGGGAGGCAGUCCAGGCCUUCUCCACCCUCCCCCGGCCCUGCCCAUGUCAUUGCCUGCUUUGACCCAUCCUCUUAGUGCUUGGGUGGAUGGAGCAUGAGGCCUCAGGGCCAACCAUGAGAGGGCAGCAGCAGCAGCACCUGUGGCCUGUCUGCUAGAGUCUGGGGAGAAGGGAAGGGGUGGUUCCAGGCAGGUCCUUUGUUCAGACAGUGCGCUCUUGUCCCAUUGGCUCCUUCUCUGUCCCGCCGCCAUGCUGUAAAUAUGUGUCAUUUUGGACUGCAAAAGGGUCAGAACAACAGGCCUUGUGAGCUGAAACUCCUUUGCGUGGCAGCAAACCUGCUGCUGUGCUCACUGGGGAGGCCCCGGAGCACCAAUGGCAACCAUGAGAUACUGUGUGUGAGUGGGUGUGCGUGUGUCGGCCUCACUCAGCCUCUGGGGUCACAUCAGCCCCUUCUCUCCCAGGGCAGCACCCUGGAUAGCAGCGGCCAUCAGCCUCUCCCUCUAGCUCCCUUGUCUUGUUUCCGAGCUCCCUCCCUCCUCCCUCUCUCCUUCUCUCCUUUCUUUGAGGGGGGAAAGAGUGCUGUACAAAGUCAAACAAACAAGUUUACAGUUGUAAGUGCAAUGACCCGAGUCCUCCACACAACCUUGUGAAUUGUGCGCCGUCCUCCCAUGCUCCGUGAGAACUCGUGGUCCUUUUCCGUGUCCCUCCCCCUGUAUUGUGACAAGGUAAUUCUGUGGUAUCAGAAUAAAAGGACUUGAU